AUGUGCUUGAGGGUUUGGAUGACGGUGUUCUCCUCAUCCACAGUGACAACCACACCAACAACCAUACCUACAUCCGCGGGUGACGUUGCUGUCAUGCAAUAUAGCAUCUAUGUAACGUCGGGCUUUGGUUACUUCCAAUUGAAUCUGAAUGGUAAUCGCACUACACCAAUUAUCAUUCAAGAAGCACCCAAUCAACCACGUCCAAUCAUCCAAUGUCUUCAAACGGGUACAAGUGCUCAACAUAUCAUGAAUAUUCAAGGUUCAAAUUUCAUGAUAAAAGGAAUAGUAUUUACCAAGGGUUCGCGAGGAAUUCGUAUCGGACCAUCAACUGCUACAACAGGUGAAUGUGUUUAUUUUGGAUGUGUCAAUGAUCUAUGUCGAAUUCGUGAUUCUAUCAUUGAACAUAACUAUUGUCAUGAUACAUUUGGUUCAUCCGGAGGAUCACGGGCUGGUUUCCAAGUGAAAUCCGGCUCAUACAAUGUUGUUGGACCUUGUAUUAUUGUUUAUGAUGAUUAUGAUUGUGGACGGAAUUUGAUUGAUGGAAAUUUAAACGAUCAAUACUGGAACAGUUGCUCUUGGAAUACAAUUGGUAAUACUGUUUACAUGUCUCGAUCGGAUGCAUGUCUUCGAUUGAAUGGCGUUGCAAAUAAGAAUAUUACAAUUUCCAACAAUGUUCUAUAUUGUGGACAUCAACUAUCAACCAAAGCUACAAAUGAUUUAACAGGUGCCUCUAUGUAUAAUAACGCUGUCAAUGGAACUAUUAGUGCUACAGGUAUUCAACCAGAUGGAAUAUUGGCAAUGUUCAGAAAUGUCUUCGUAAACACUUCAGCCAACAAUCUUUACCCAACAGUAGGAUCUCCGUUUAUUAAUAAAGGCACGAAUCGACUAUAUCAAGUUCUUUAUGAUUACAAUGACAUUGGUCGAUCUAUGUCAACGCCAACUACUGGUGCAUAUAAAUAUUCUACUACAAACAAUUCUGGUGGUAUGACAACAAUCGACUUUAAAUGUGGUUCAUCUACUGCUGCAGUACCACAAUAUCCUUUAAUCCGUUGA